AGGAUGGAGUGACCGGUGCGGCCCUGGCCACGCAGACCGGGCUCCACACCCAUCGCCCGCGAGCACCUCUAUCCAGGAAAGCGCGCCAGGCUCGAGAAGCCGCCAGGGACCGCGAAGUCCCCGCAGCAGCCCCCUGAACACCGGGCUCGCACCCGCGCCUGCCGCCCGCAACUCGAGCCCCAGCCGAACCUGACCAUUGGCCGGACGGGACUGGAUACAAUGGUGCCGGGCGGCGGCUCAGGUACCAGGGGCGGGCGACCUGCGGUGGGAGCGCAGCCGCGAGCAGACACUGCGCAGGCCUUCCUGGAGCUGCAGCGAUUGCUGCUGUCGGUGCCUCCUCACCCCGAGCUCUCCGAGCUGGACAUGCUGCUGCCGGCCACCACCUCCAUGGCGACCUCACCUGCAGCCUGCAAGACGACGCCAAGGUGCCCGCAGAGCCUGGGCUGGGUACCCUGCGCUGAGACGGCCACCUGCGCCCAGUCAAGAAAUGGCCCAUGCGAUCAAGAUUAUACAUCGGUGCUACAGGUCAUCACACCCGGGGGCAGCUCCUCUGCCCAGUGCAACCAGCAGUGGUUUCAGUGUUCACCAGGAGCUUGGGGGACAGAAGAAGCCCUGAAGUAGAGAUGUCUGUCAGGGAACACAGUGAACCCCCAAACUACAGGUUACCUAUCUCUUGGAUAGAGUGGAGUUGGCAGAGAAUAUGGUAAGUUUAUAUUUAAGUUUUUAAGAAACAAACAAUUCUCCAAAGUGGCCACACCAUUUUGCAUUCUGACCAGACAUGUAUCCAGGUUUCAGUUUCUCACACCUUCAUCAGCACUUGGUAUAUCUAUCUUGAUUGUAGCCAUUCUAUUGUGUGUGGUGAUGACUCAUCACAGAUUUUAAUUUAUAUUGCCAUAACAAUGAAUGAUGUUGAACAUCUUUUUGUGCCUUUAAUAGGCAGCCUGUAUCUUCUUCAGUGAAAUAUUCAACUAUUUUGCCUAUUUUUGAAGUGUGGUUUGACACUUAAAAAGGGAGACCAAGAAGGGAGACCAAAUAUUAUACUUCAUUUACCUCUAACUUUGUUUUGGGUGCUUAUCUAUAUAUGUAUUUGUUUAUUUGAUAAA